GUACUCAUAGAGCCACAUCACGACCACUACAUCUAGUUACUGGUUUAUAACGGGAGGACUCAGAAAAUAUAACAUUUCAAAUUACACUCACCCAAUAUGGAUCGUUCCAUCUAGUUUCAUAUCCAACGACCUAAAACCACAUACUUCAACCAUCCAUGUAAGCCUGUAACCAUAUGAUAUUUUGUGAAUGGUUCUUUGUUCAAAAGGGGGGAAAACUACAAUUCGUCUAAUAUGAUGCGUGUGGAAAUGCAGAAGCUUGAUCUCUAACGUUGAAUUGCAUAUCUUAGUCACCCCAACGACUCUCUGUAUUCUCGCCUCCACCCGUAUUACAUGCUUGUCUGAAUUGACAUUCAGAAAACAGGGUUGGAAGUACCUAUCCUCGCGAAACAGGGAGACGAAUAUCUGUAGGCUGUAGCUGUCAGUAAUGUAACCAACCAGCACCAGUGACAUCUACUUCACCAGAAAAAAAGGAGUGUCUUCCUUGCCGGACUAUUCUUCCUAAAUGGAGAAGCGCUAACCAACUUCAUUAAAACAGAGCAGGUCUCCUUUUCCUAUAUCCGGUUCCUCAAUGAUUUGUUCUGUUUCUCUCUUUUCUACCACAAACGGGCUAAGCCCCAAACCAAGAACUUCCUCACGCAAUAUCCAUCCUUUCUAUUUUCUGCAGGCGACCCAUCUCAUAAAUACCGGAAGCUAAAGCGAGCUCUAAAUUCUCUCCACCCAUAAGUUAAACCCUGAGCAAAAGAAUCCUCACCAGCUACUUAAUUACAAUGAUGAUUUCAACAGCUAUCUUGCUCUGCUUCUUCUUGGCGAGUAGUGCUCUGUUUCCUCGUGCUGAUGGCGGGUUCAUACCGGAUUUCCUCAAAUCCGGAUGGGAGCAACAGCACGAACUGCUUGUUAUGGCGGCUCCCCUGGUUGGUAUGAUGCUGUUGGUUCUGGUUUGCCUCGUCGGAAGGGAAUGCAAUCGUGCCGACAGAGAGAGAAAGGCGGCCGCCGUCGCCAGAGCAACGGCGCUUGCCAAUCAUGGAGUGAUUAUGAGGGCAGCGCCAGCUGCUGUUGCUGCGACAGGCAAUGGAGGAUUCGUCGGUCGCCGCGUUUGAUAUCGAUCGAUGUUUCAACUACGUAUAAUACCCAAGUCCAUGUCAUUACUGAAUUAACGAGGGAGAAGUUAUACAUAACUGAAUUUACGAGGGAGCUUAUCUAUGUAUGCCAGCAACAUAACUGAUCAAUUUUGAUCAUCUUUCAAUUACAAACAAAUAUUGUGGCUUGUUCUUCAGGUAAUUUUGUUUGUGUUAUGUGAUUCGUAACGAGACUUUUGGCUGGAAAUUCGUUAUUAUUAUAUACUUAUUUGUGUUUGUUUUUAGUUAAGUAUUUGAUUCAGUUGUAGUUAUUAUUUAGGAACCAUAUUAAAUAUUAGGAUUAAAAUAAUAUAAUAGUUCAACCUUUUGUUUUAAACAAAAGAAUAGAUCAAUUAUUUCAAAAAUAUUUUAAUAGUUAAAUUGUCAACUUCCCGUCCGUUCAACCGUUAAUUGACUCUGACGUAGAAACUUUGUUGAGUUAGAAGUGAUGUGGCACACAAUCAAAUUGUUUCAUGUGCCACUUUGGAAUUUUUUUAAUUUUUCUCUCUUCAUUGUCUAACCCCUAUUUCAUUGUCUAACCCCUAUAUCUCAGCCCCAAACUGAAAUUUUCUCAUCCACCAUCUGAUCGUUCAUCACUUGAAUCUUCGAAGAGAUGAGGUGAGUCAAGCAACUGGUUCCACCCCUGUGACAAAUUUUAAAACCCAUCCGCGGUUGCCCAACACACAACGAAAGUUCGACGAACUGCCACACAAGCUCAGAACCAUUGCGACCAUUCUGCUUCAAAUUUCCUAUCCAUCAAUCUUCUAUUGUGAAAAAACCCUAAACUGAAUUGAAUCUAAUUCUCAUAGUGUUGCAAGCCCUAACUACAUGCCUCUGCUUCCCUUUAAGCUCGUCACUAUGUGAUCUCUAAACCCAGCUUCUCCGUUUACCACCUCCGCCCAUCUAACCUUACCAGAAAUUCCAAGACACAAUCCCUACACUGCCUCUCCAAAUCCAAUAUCCAACCAUCGUUCCCUUUAAGAUCAUCACCAACUCUACCGCUUCAUACAAAUCCUCCAAAAUUGUGUAGUAGACGAGCCGCCGCGAGGUCUGAAGCUACGCAGCCAAUCAAAUUCAUGAUCCGAUUUAGGUUUGGAGCGUAUGCCCUGGUUCAAAGAAUCAAUUUCGGACUUGAGGAAUCAUUUAGAAGCUUAUAACUUCUAAACACUUCACUUUCCAAUUUUGAUGUUCCUCGGUGAAUUGGAUGGUGGGACUUGAAUGGCUAUACAUGAUUUGAGAAUGGAAAGGGAAAAUGUUGAUUGGAUUUUGUUUGAAUCAUAGCUCGUGGUAGAAUCUGUGUCAAGUUUGUUGCACGUCGAGAAGGGAAGGGAAGAAAAGAGAAAGUUGAAUUAAAUGUAGGAGUUGAUCGACGGGGAUGGGAGUUGAGCGACGAAUAACACGAGGAAUUUUAC